AUAAAUGUGGAAGUAUUUGUAUUUCUUCUUUCUGUAUUUAAUAUUAGUAGAAUUAUACGUUUUGUGAGCCUUGAAUUCAAUAAGACCAACUAGUUGAGAGUGUGUUAACAUAGAGUCGAGCAGAAGAAUUUUUCUGAUAAUUUGUGCAAUUAAUUUUUUUUUAUAGUAAGUUUUCAGAAAAUUGCGGUACAUUUAGGAAUUUCAAGCGAUUAACAAUUUCACAUCAACAUUCUUAGAUUACUCAUUUCUUGCACAUUUAUUGAGCGUUUUUUUAAGUUAAAUAAAAAUAUCUUACAAUGUCUACAGUUGAUAAAGAGGAAUUGGUGCAAAAGGCAAAACUUGCUGAACAAUCCGAAAGGUAUGAUGAUAUGGCGCAGGCAAUGAAAUCAGUUACAGAAACCGGAAAUGAAUUAUCUAAUGAAGAAAGAAAUCUAUUAUCUGUGGCGUACAAGAACGUAGUAGGAGCCCGUAGGUCAUCAUGGAGAGUAAUUUCUUCAAUUGAACAGAAAACGGAAGCUUCUGCUAGGAAACAACAAUUGGCCAGAGAAUAUAGGGAACGUGUGGAAAAAGAACUUAGGGAAAUUUGUUAUGAAGUCUUGGGUCUUUUGGAUAAAUAUCUUAUCCCUAAAGCGAGUAAUCCAGAAAGCAAGGUAUUUUACUUGAAAAUGAAAGGUGACUAUUACAGGUAUUUAGCAGAAGUUGCUACUGGGGAUGCACGUAAUACUGUAGUUGAGGAUUCUCAAAAGGCGUAUCAAGAGGCUUUUGAUAUUGCAAAAAAUAAAAUGCAACCAACACAUCCAAUUCGAUUAGGCCUCGCUUUAAAUUUUUCGGUGUUCUAUUAUGAAAUUAUAAACUCACCAGCGAGGGCUUGCCAUUUAGCAAAACAGGCGUUUGAUGACGCGAUAGCUGAGUUGGAUACCCUUAAUGAAGAUUCAUAUAAAGAUUCAACACUUAUUAUGCAAUUACUAAGAGAUAAUCUAACAUUAUGGACGUCGGAUACGCAAGGAGAUGGAGACGAGCCCCAGGAGGGCGGUGACAACUAACCAAAUUAAAUAGUUUCUUUUAAUUAAAGAAUUAUAAAAGAAGCAGGCAAAAAUAAAAAAAAAUAAAACAAAAAUUAUAUUUAAUAUUUUUAAACCUGCAUAAUAAUACAAGGCAUUAAAACCAAACGGUAUUUUCAAUUUUUUUCGUAAGCGACUUAUUAUCAAUGAUAAAAAACAAAUCAGAUAAAAUUUUGCUGAUUGAAUGUGAAAAUUAAAAGAAAACACAUUGUAUUGUUUAAUUUUUUUGUUUAAAUUUUUUAAAUUUUUUAACAUUAUAAAUAUCAAGAUACAAUUCACUUCUUAUAAGUGAAAUUAAUCUUUUCUGAAAAUGCGUCUAAAAUCGAUGUAUGAUAUAUUUUUUUAAUAUACAUAUAUACAUAUGAAAUUAGUUUCAUAAUAUAUAAAAAUGAAUUGUAAUUUUUGUACAUUUUUUAUAUUUUGUUAAAGAUAAAUAUGUAUAUUUUCUUUUGUUUAAAAAGGAAAAUUUUAACACGAUAAGUUUAAUAACAAAAAGCAGGGGUAUGUUUAACUCUUUUUAUAACCAUGUUUUGAAAAGUUUCAAGCUGUAAAAAGAAAGAAAUGUAUGAAAUAUUUUAAAUAUAGAAAUUGCUUAUCUAAAAACCUUUAAAUUUGCAGCAGUCAAUAAUACAUAAACUAACAGUUUUUAUUACUACUCAAAAAAUUACUCAAAAAUGGUUGAAAUUAAAAGGCUUACUAAACGAAUUUCCAGUUUCUAAUUGUAUGAAAUUAAAAUAUUUCGAAAUUUUAUUAUUUUACAUACCUAUAUGUUACACCUUUCAAGAAUUAGAAAAAUCAAACUCAGUUAUGUAAGCCCAAAUUCUGUAUAAUUUUUUGCACAUAAUUGAGGUGUAAAUAAUACACGCGUCAAAUAUGCAUUUGCAUAAUAUAUAUUAUACAUACAUAUGUAUAUAUUUGGUGAAAUAUAUUUGAUGAUAUAUGCAAGUAUACAUACAUGGUCAAUGUGUACAAAUGCAUGUAGACAUAUAUGUAUGUAUGCAAACAUAUGCAUAGCUAAUCACAAAAGUUUCCGUAAGAUCAAGAAAUUAAUUGCUUUAACAAAUUUUUUUUAAACAAAAAUUUAGUCUGAGACUGAUUUUAAUGUAGGUUUCUGAAUACAAUUCUUUAUUUUAUUAACGUUAAAGCUGAAAAGAAUAAUUAAUUUUUCGAUUAAAAUCUCACUUUUCAUGAUUUAAAUAUUCACGCGCGGAAUUUUUUGUGAUUAUUUGCGAUAUAAUGUUCACAUAAUGUAAGAUUGUACUUAUAUGUAGAUGAAAAUGAAAGUAAAUAAUAACUUACAUUAUAUACUUACAUGUAUAUAUAGUAUAUAUAAAUGUAUGUAAAAUGUUCUAUAUGUAAUAUGCGUACACAUAUGCGUAUAUUAUAUUUAUAUAUAAUAUACAUAUAUACACCUACACAUGCAUGUACGUCUGAGGCAUUAUAAACAUUUUGUGUCGGCACAUGCAUAUAUAAACACUUUAAAUAAAAUAUAUCUUUUUAUAUUUACGUUUUCACGCAUUUGAAUAUGUAUUUAUAUGUACAUGUACGUUAAAUUGUAUGUACAUGUACACGAAACAAUCUGCAUAAAUAUAUUAUAUAACACAUAUAUACAUAUGUAGAAACAUAUAAUAACUCAAGACCUUAUGUUAAUGAUUUACAUAUGAAAAGAAAUAAAAUAUUUGAAAGGUUGAUUCAUUCAAAAAAUUUUCAAAGUUUAUAUUCGGUUUUUAUCUAAAUUAAGUCCCGUCAAAUAAAACUUGAGAAAAUACCUAUAAAGGUUGGCAAGACAUUUAAUAAAAAAAUAUACAGUUGCUGUAGUUUUCAGUGUUAUACGAAAAUCUAUGACAAAUUUUGCUUUAAAUUUUAAUAAAUUUGACCAAAACUUGUGAAAACUA